ACGCAGCCUUCGGUACAGUCGUCACCCCCGUCUGGAUACCAGCUCCCGGGCGCCUUGCGCACGGUGGGCUGGCAUUAGGCCCCGGGAAAGCAGAGCAGCGCCCAGUGCCUUUAAUCUCUCCUGUCUAACGGACAGUAGUUCGGCGUGGCACUGUUUGUGGCGAGGCGAGAAAGGAGAGGAGAAAACUGCACAGAACCCGUGGAGGCCUACAGUGGGGCUGUUUACCGCAGGAGGCAAGAGAAAGGGGGAGACUGGCCUGGAGCCAUGGAUGUUGGUGUGAAGAUCUGACUUCAGGUCUGCUGCCGCAACUAAGAUCAAUGGAAUCAAAGACACAAGGAGGAAAUUGCCCCUGAUCAGUAUAGACUAGUAAGAAGUUGGAACUGCCUGCAUAGACCUCUAGGGUCCACAGAUCUCAUGAGUUUACAGAUCAACUUUAGAGUAUAUCACCAAUCAAGAGAAGGGAACUUCCUGGAUCAUUACAGGUCCACCUCCAGUGGCAGCUGUAGUAGCCUUUGAGUGGCUGAAGACCAGUGCCUUCCCAGGCCUACACUUAGACCUAGUACCCUCUUUUCCCAGCCCAACUGAGGUCCCCGUACCUUGUUCGUGCCUUCAGCAGGAGUGAUUAUAUGGGUCGUGUUCAGGAAGUGGGCUGGUUGACUGCAGGACUGGCGAUCUGGGCUGGUACUUGCUACUACAUUUACAGACUAACUAAGGGAAGAGCCCAGAGUGUGAGAAAACUUGCCAGAAAUGGGUCCAGAGUCAAGGUGGAGACUAUGGCUGGGGUACAGAACCAGACCGUGGCCGUGAGUGAAGUCAUUGCUGGGACAGAGAUUGAAACUAGACCCAAGGCCAAGACUGGAAGAGAAACUGGAACAGGAGGUAGGCCUGGGGCUGAAGUAAAGGCAGAAGCCACUGCUAGCAUUAGACCCACAGCUGACUCUCAGGCCAAGAUAAUGACGGGAGCAGAGGCAGAGACCCAACUUGAGUCCAAAACAGUGGCUGGAACAGUGGUCAUGACAGAGGCAGUGACUCUGACUGAGGCCAAGGCCAAAACCAGGGAAGUGACCAUGAAAGAGGCAGUGACUCAAACUGACUCUGAGGCUGGGAGAGUAGCCAAGAAGGAGGCAGUGACCCAGACCAAAGCAGAAGCUCGUGUAUUGGCUGCAAAAGAGGCCAAGAUGAACAGAAUAAUGGUGACACAGAGUGAGGCCUUGGCAGUGACCAGGGAAAUGGCCAAGAUGGGUGCCAUAAACAAGAUUGGGAUUGUGGCUGAGACCAAGGCAAGACCCCUGGAAGAGACUGUAAGUGUGGCCAAGACUCAGUCUGAGGCUGGGCCUGCUACAGUAGUUGAUGCUAAGGGAAGUCCUAAUACCACAUCCAGGGCAGGAGCUGGAGCGGACAUGAGGUCCUAUCCACCAUCUCAGCCUGUGGUCAAGAUCCAGUUUGAUGACAUGCCUGGUGCUGUGGUUGAGGCCAAGGGGAAUCGCAAAACUGUGUCUCGGCAAGGGUCUGGGGCAGAUGUGAGGGCUUCUGCCAAGCCUCAGACUGUAGACAAGGCACAGGCUGAAGCCAUGCCUGGAGCAAGGGUUGGUGCUGGGAGUGAUACCAAUGCCAUGUGUAAGGCAGGGGCAGGAGCAGAUAUUAGAGCUUCAGCACAACCUCAGACUGUGGCCAAGAAACAGUCUGAGGCAACAAGUGGUGCCAGGGUUGAUGACAGGGCAGAUACAAAUGUUACAUCUAGGGCAAUGGCUAGAGCUGACAUGAGGGCUGCUGCCCAGCCUCAAGCUGUAGCCAGUGUUCAGGUGGAGACUGUGUCUGAUGCCAGGGUUAAGGGUAGAUGCAAUCCCAAUGCCAUGGCUAAAACAGGGGCCAGGGCAAACUUGAGGGCCAAUUCCCAGGCCAAGGCCUUGUCUGAUGCCAGUGUUAAGACCAGAGGCAAUCCCAAUGCCAUGUCUAAUGUGGGAGCUGGAACAGACACUGAGUCCUAUACACAGCCUCAGCCUGUGGCUGAUGUCCCAGCUGAUACCUUGCCUGAUGGCAGGAAUAAGGCUAGGGACAAUGCUAACACCUUGCCUAAAGAGGGGACUGGGACAGACCCAAAGACACAGUCUCAGGCUCUCACCAAGAGCCAGGCUGAGGCCUCACCUAGUCCUAGAGGUAAGGUUAGGAGAAAAGCCAAAGGUAAGUGCAAGGCAGGGCUUGGGACAGAUAUGAAAACCUGUGUGCAGCCUUGGGCUGGGGCCAAGACCCAUGCUGAGGCUUUGCCUGAUUCCAGGGUUGAUGGCAGGGGAGAUCUUAAUGCCAUUUCCAGGGCAGGGGCUAAGGCAGAACCGAAGGCUUGUGGUCAGCUUCCAACUGUGGCCAAUUCCCAGGUUGAGGCCUUGCCUGGUGCCAAAAAUAAGGUUGAGAGCAAUACCGAUGCUAUGUCUGAGUCAGGGGCUGGACAAGAUACAGUGGGCUGUGCUCAGCUCCGGGCUGCAGCCAGUUCCCAAGGUGGGGCCUUGCCUGGUACUAAGAACAAGGUCAGGGGCAAUCCCAAGUCUGUGUCUAAGGCAGGGGCUGGACCAACCACAACUGCCCAGCCUCAGACAGGUACACCAGGCUCUACUCAGCCCCAGGCAGUGGCAAGUUCCCAGGGCGAGGCCUUGCCUGGUGCUAAGAAUAAGGUUAGGGGCAAUGCCAGUGCUGUGUGUAAGACAGAGUCUGAGCCCAAUACAGUAGGCUCUGCCCGGCCCCAGGUUGUCUCUAAUUCCCAAGGUGAAGCCUUGCCUGGUUCCAGGAAUAAGGUAGGGGAAAAUCCCAAUGCUGUGUUUAAGGUGGGGACUGGGCCAGACACAAUGGGCUAUGCCCAGCCUCAGGUUGUGGCCAGUUCCCAGGCUGAGGCCUUGUCUGGUACCAAGAAUAAAGUCAAGAGCAAUCGCAAGACUGUGUCUAAGGCAGGGACUGGGUCCGAUACAAUGGGCCCUGCACAGCCUCAAACAGAUACACCAGGCUCUACUCAGCCCCAGGCAGUGGCCAGUUCCCAUGGUGAGGCCUUGCCUGGUGCUAAGAAUAAGGUCAGGGGCAAUCCCAAUGCUGUGUCUAAGUCAGGGGCUUGGCCAAAUAAAAUGGGCUCUAUCCAGCCCCAGGCAGUGGCCAGUUCCCAGGGUGAGGCCUUGCCUGGUGCCAAGAAUAAGGUCCUGGGCAGUCCCAGUGCUGUGUCUGAGGCAGGGGCUGGGCCGUUUACAACAGGCUCUACCGAGCCCAAGGCUGUGUCUGAUUCCCAAGGUGAGGCCUUAUCUGGUACUAAGAAUAAAGUCAAGGGCAAUCCCAAGGCUGUGUCUAAAGCAGGGACUGGGCCAGUUAAAGUGGGCUGUGUCCAGGCUCAGGCUAUAGCCAACGUCCAGGGUGAGGCCUUGUCUGGUACUAAGAAUAAGGUCAAGGGCAAUUGCAAGGCAGUGUCUAAGGCAGGGGCUGGGCCCCAUACAAUGGGCCCUACCCAGCCUCAAACAGAUACAGCAGGCUCUACUCAGCCCCAGGCGGUGGGCAGUUCCCAGGGUGAGGCCUUGCCUGGUGCUAAGAAUAAGGUCAGGGGCAAUCCCAAUGCUGUGUCUAAGGCAGGGACUGGGCUAGAUACAACAGUUUCUGUUGAGCCUCAAACAGAUACACCAGGCUCUGUCCAUCCCCACACUGUGGUCAGUUCCCAGGGUGAGGCUUUGCCUGGUGCCAGGAAUGAGAUCAUGGGCAGUCCCAGUGCUGUGUCUGAGGCAGGGGCUGGGCCAUUUACAACAGGCUCCAUCCAGCCCAAGGCUGUGUCUGAUUCCCAAGGUGACACCUUAUCUGGUACUCUUAAGAGUAAGGUCAAGGGUAAUCCCAAGGCUGUGUCUAAGGCAGGGGCUGGACCACAUGCAACAGGCUCUACUGAGCCUCAAACAGAUAUAGCAGGCUCUGCUCAGUCCCAGGCUAUGGUCACUUCCCAGCAUGAGGCCUUGCCUGGUGUCAAGAAUAAGGUCAAGGGAAAUCCCAUUCCUGUGUCUAAGGUGGGGACUGGGUCUGAUACAAUAGGCUCUGCCCAGCCUCAAACAGAUACACCAGGCACUGCCCAGCCCCGAGCAGUGACCAGUUCUCAGGGUGAGGCCUUGCCUGGUGUGAAGAAUAAAGUCAGGGGCAAUCCUGAUGCUGUGUCCAAGAGAGAGGCUGGAGCAGAUAUAAUGGUCUCUGUCCAGCCCCCAGCUGUAUCUAAUGCCCAAGGUGAAGCCCUGCUUGGUGCCAGGAAUAAGGUCAGGGGCAAUCCCAAUGAUGUGUCUAGGGCAGGAGCUGGUCCAGAUACAAUAGGUUCUUCCCAGUCUCAAACAGAUACAACAAGCACUGCUCAGCCCCAGACUUUGCCCACUUCUCAGGGUGAGGCCUCUCCUGAUACCAAGAAUAAGAUAAAAGACAAUCCCAAUGCUGUGUCUAUGACAGAGGCUGCAGCAGGUACAGUUGGCUCUGCCCGGCCCCCAGCUGUGUCUAAUUCCCAAGGUGUAGUCUUUCCUGGUGCUAGGAAUAAGGUCAGGCACAGUUCCAGUGGUGUGCCUAAGGCAGGAGCUGGGCCAAAUACAACAGGUUCUUCCUUGUCCUUGGCUCCACCCAGUUCCCAGGGUGAGGCCUUGCUUGGUGCCAGGAGUAAGGUCAGGAGCAAUCCCAUUUCUGAGUCUAAGGUAGAGACUGGGGCAGAGAUGAUGGGCUCUGGCCAACCUCAGUCCAUGUCCCAGUCCCAGAGUAAGGCCUUGCCUAGGGCAAAGGAUAAAGUCAUACCUAAAUCUGAGGCAGAAGCCACAGGAGAAGACGUGGUCUAUGUAAAGCCCAAAGCUAGGGUAAUGCGCACUUCUGAGAGUGAGGGUGAGACAGGCAGUCAAGCAUGCAGAAAGAUGCAGUCUAAGGUCCAUGACUGUUACUGGAGUGGGGUUGGUGUCGAGGAUUGGAUUGCUUCUGAGCGAUGGAUCAAAUUUAGGUUCCAGGCCAGGGAUGGAUACUGGGAGAAUAGCAUGUCUUGGGCUGAUGAUGAGAGUGAAGUGCGUAUUGAGUCCUGGAGUGGGGUAAGUGAUAAGUCUGGUAGUAGGUCCUGGGCUGGGGCUAGAGCUGAAGAUGAAGUUAGUAUUGGAUCCUGGGCUGGAGCUGGGGACCAGGCCAGUGGGGGGCUCUGGCCUGAGAGUCAGGCCAGUGGGGGUUCCUGGGCAGAGGCUGGGGACAGGGCCAUGGGAGGGUCCUGCACUGUGGCUCAGAACCAGGCCAGUGGGGAGUCUUGGGUUGGCACUGGAAACCAGAUUGCUGGUGUGUCCUGGGCUGGGGAAGAGGCCAUUGGAGGGUCCUGGACAACAGCUGAGAACCAGGCCGAUGGAGAGUCUUGGGUUGGGGCUGAGGAACAAGCCAGUGGAAGGUCCCAGGGUAGGGCUGGAAUUCAGGCUAAUGGAAGGUCCUGGGCUGAGGCUAGGGCUGGGAAUGUGGCUAGUAUUGGGUACUGGGCUGGAGCUGUGGACCAGGCUAGUGGAGGGACCUGGAUUGGGACUGGUGAUCUGUCUGGUGGUGGAUCCAAACCUAGAUUUGAGGAUCAGUCUAGUGAAAAUGUGUCCUUGGCUCAGGCUGGGGGCCAGUCCAGUGGAGGAUCUAGGCUGGGGUCUGAGGACCAGUCCAGUGAGAGGUCCUGGGUAGACACUGCAGACCAGGCUAGUGGACGGUCCAGGCUGGGGCCUGCAGAUGAAUCCAGUGGUGAGCCCUGGGCUAGGGCUGGGGAGCAGGAGGAUGGAGAGUCUAGGCCAAGGCUUGUGGACCAGUCCAGUGCUGGGUCCUGGGUUGGUACUGGGAAUCAUGCCAGUGGUGGAUUCUUGGCUGGGGCUGUUGACCAGGCUAGUGGGGGCUCCUGGGCUAGGACUGGUGAUAAGUCAGGUGGUGGGUCCAAGCCUGGAUCGGAGAAUCAGGUCAGUCAAGAAGGGUCUUUGGCUGGGGCUGGUGGCCAGGCUGGUGGAGGGUCCCGGUUGGGGCCUGCAAGUCAAUCCAGUGGAAGGUCCUGGGCUGACUCUAGGGACCAAACCAGUGGAGGGUUCUUGGUUGUGGCUGUGGACCAGGCCAAUGGAGGGUCCUGGGCUGGACCUGGGGAUCAGGCUGGUGGUGGGGCAAAGCCUAGAUUUGAGGAUCAGACCAGUGGAAGAGGAUCUUGGGUUGACAGUGGGGACCAGUCUGCUGGAGAUUCCUGGGCUGGCACAGGGGACCAGGCCAGUGGAGGAUCCUAUGCUUGCAGUGGGAGUCAGGCCAAUGCAAGAGGGUCCUGGGCUGAGGCUAGUGGCCAGGCUGUUGAAGGGUCUAAGCUAGGGCCCAUGAGUCAGUUUAGUGAUGGGUCGUGGGGUGACACUGGGAGUCUGGGCAGUGGUGGUUCCUGGGCUAGGACUAGGGUGCAGGCUGGUAGCUGUCCUAAGCCUGGAUUUGAGGAUCAGGACAAUAGGGGAAGAUUCUGGUCUGGUGCUAAGGACCAACAAGCCAUUGCAGGGUCUAGUCCACAGCCCACAGACCAGUCCAGUCGUGGGUCUUGGGAUGGCAUUGGAAGUCAGGCCAGUGAAAGGUCCUGGGCUGGGGCUGGGGAUCAGAUUGGUAGUUGCUGCAAAGCUAGAUUUGAGGAUCAGGGUAGUGGAGUCAUCUCCCAGGCUGGCACUGAGGAUCAGGCUAGUGGAAAAUCCUGGGCUGGGUCCAGGCCAGGGCCUGAGGACCAGGCAAGUGGAGGGUCCUGGGCUAGGGCUGCGGACCAGGGCAGGGGAAGGUCCCAGGUCAAUGCUGAGACAGAGGCCAGCCAAGGACCCUGGUUUGGGGCUGGGUGUGAGGCUAGUAGAAGAUCCUGGUUCUGGAGAAAAGAGGCUGGUACUGUGUCCAGGCCUAGGGGGAAAAGUGAAGCCAGUAUUGAAUCCAGAUCAGAGGCUAGGGAAGAGGCCAUCACUAGUUCCAGAUUUGGGGCUCAGGACAAGGCCAAUAUUGGGUCCUGGAUCAGAUCUGAGGAGGUGGCUGAUAUGGACUCCUGUGUGGGUGCCGAGGCUGGGCCUGGGGCUGAGGUCAGGGAGUCUUGGCUAUGGGAUGGAGAUGCAGCCACUACAGGGUGUAGGCUUGGGGCUGGGGAAGAGACUGGCAUGGGGUCCUGGACUUUUGCUGAGGAUGUAGGUGAGGAUAAGCUAAGCAGAGCAUCCAGCCCUGAUAUUGAGGAGAUCAGUUUAAGGUCCUUGUUUUGGGCUGAGAGUGAGAGUAGUAAUGAGCUCAGAUCCAGGAGUGAGAAAGAUGUCAAUUUUGAGUAUGGGGCUGGAGAUAAGGCCAGCACUAAGGAUAAGCUUGAGGCUACUGGUGGUACUGAUGUAAGGUCUUGGUUCUGGGAUGGUAAUGAAAACAGAAAUGAGGACAAAUCUGCACCCAGGACUAAGACCAAAAAGUCAGCUGAAUCAAGAGGCACAUAUCCAUCCAUGGUUCCUGGGGCAGGAAUGGGGUCAUGGGCAGGAGCCAUGUUCUGGACGGAGAUGAAAUUUCCAUACCAAAAUGAGUCUUGCUUUCUGCCUGGGGAUGAGCUCAAAAAGCAGAUGAGGUCUGAGGAGAAAACUCAGCCCUGGACCUGCCGCUGUAAACGUGAAGCCAAUAUGGAUCCACGAGAGCUUGAAAAACUCAUUUGCAUGAUUGAGAUGACUGAGGAUCCUUCUAUUCAUGAAAUAGCCAAUAAUGCUCUAUAUAACAGUCCUGAUUAUCCAUUUUCACACGAAGUCAUUCGGAAUGCAGGUAGAAUCUCAAUUAUUGAAAGCUUGCUCAACAAUCCCUACCCCAGUGUUAGGCAGAAGGCUCUAAAUGCACUGAAUAAUAUCUCAGUGGCUGCGGAAAAUCAUAGGAAGGUUAAAACAUACUUAAACCAAGUAUGUGAAGACACCAUCACCUAUCCCUUGAAUUCAACUGUGCAGCUGGCUGGACUAAGAUUGAUAAAGCAUCUGACUAUUAUCAGUGAAUAUCAGCAUAUGGUUACAAAUUAUAUUUCAGAAUUUCUUCGUUUGUUAACCGUGGGAAGUGGAGAAACAAAAGAUCAGAUUUUGGGAAUGCUUUUGAAUUUCUCUAAAAAUCCAUCUAUGACAAAAGACUUGCUAAUUGCCAGUGCACCAACAUCACUGAUUAAUAUCUUUAGCAAGAAAGAGACAAAAGAGAAUAUUCUUAGUGCGCUCUCACUAUUUGAAAAUAUAAAUUACCAUUUUAAAAGAAGAGCAAAAGUAUUUACCCAGGACAAGUUCAGUAAAAAUUCCCUUUAUUUUGUAUUCCAACGACCUAAAGCAUGUGCCAAAAAACUUCGAGUCUUAGCAGCAGAAUACAAUGACCCAGAGGUGAAAGAACGAGUUGAGCUAUUAUUAAGUAAACUCUGAUCAGUUGUAUAUUUCCAAAUAAAUAUGAGUAAUAUUUUGGCUUUGCAGGCUGGAUGUAAUGCACAGUGUAAAUUACAUUAUAACUUCGAAACUGAUGUUACUUAUGAUGUCUAUAGCUGCAUCAUUUUAUGAACACCAAAUGAAUUCAAAGUUGUACUGAAAAUACAUGUGUUGAUUAUUACCUUGUCUGGAUUUAGUAUGCUUCAUGAGCAGAAACUGAACUGAUUCUUCAUAAAUAAGGUAAUCUUCGGUCCUUUGUGUGGACUUAUGUUUAUACAUUUGAGACUUUAUUUUUAUGUCAUCAAUAAAGUUGUGUGUUUUAAGCAGAAAAAAG